AUGGCCGAUGAGCAAGCCAAUGCUUACUACAACAGUGGCCAUUCCUCUCAAGGAAGCGGCGCCGCUCUAGAAGGCAUCGCGAUGAUCCAGAAAAUCUUGGAGGAUACAAGAUCCGGAUUCCCCCUUUCCAUGGCAACAACAAUCCUGAUGAGUACAUGGACUGGGAGAAGAAGUGUGAGUUCAACUUCAACUUACACAACAUAUCCAACAUCAACAGAGUCAAACUGGCGAGAUGACAAGGAUCAUGAGGCAGAGGUUCAUCCUAGCUAUUAUCAGAGAGAGCUACAUUCUAAGCUCAGGAGGCUCACUCAAGGGUCCAAAACAGUUGAAGAAUACUUCCAGGAGAUGGAAGUGAUGUUGCUAAGGGCUAAUGUGAUUGAGGACAGAGAAGCCACUAUGUCCAGGUUCCUUGGAGGGCUCAACCGCGAGAUCCAAGACAUUGUGGAGAUGCAAAACUGUGUGGGCUUAGAGUCUAUGCUACACAAGGCCGUCUGGCUGAGCAACAGCUCAAGAGAAAGACACCCUCACGCUUGGAGCUGA